ACGCACUGCCAUAAAAAAAAAAAAGGAAAGGCUCUGUGACGGCCAGAGAGCAGUUCAACAUGGCCCUUACACUCUUCAAAAAGAUGGCUCAAACAAUGAGUUGUCCCUUCAACAGAUUUCAAAAAAAAAUCCAAAUACUAUUGGACAUCCACGAUUUAAUUAGAAAGAAUCAACCAAUUAGGUUAUCUACAACAGACGUGUGCCAAGUUGAAGUGAGGGUCGUUAAGUCAGGGGAAAUCAAUACCACCACAUCUGUUACUCAUCAUCUUAAGAGUAACGAGGACGCUAAGUGUCCGGGGGUUUCACCGCAUCCAUGGAAAUCCCUUCGAAUUUCACGGGUCACGGAAAAACGAGGAAUACCAAAAGGCCAAUACAAAAGUCUUUUCAGCGGAUUUCAUAGCAGGAGACGUGGAUUUGCGACGAAGCAAGUACGCAAUGGGGAAAACGAAAAACCUGGUAAACGAUUAGGAACAGAUGACAAUGACAAGUAUGGAGUAAUGAGCAACGAAAUGGAAGAGAUGAUGAUUUUUGCUGAAGAGGGAAAAUAUGUGCAGGAUCUUAAUAUUCCGAAGUAUGGAGUAAUGAGCAACGAAAUGGAAGAGAUGAUGAUUUUGGCUGAAGAGGAAAAAUAUGUGCACGAUAUUAAUAUUCCGGUCGGUUUGUCACCAAAAUUUGUCUGGUCAUCACCGAAACGUGAACCCGUUGAUUGUCAACAUCUGGCCUCAAAAUUGCAUAAUUCGAUGGCUUCACCUUCAGGCUCCAAGUUUGCGGUAAAUCAACACGGUAUACCUAGAAAAGUCGAGGUAACUAUGGACGGUCCCAGCACAUCAACAUCCGCCGAUGUUCUACUUGUCGACGAAAUGGACAUGUCUAUCACAGCUGUAGUCGCCAAUGAUUCUGUAGAGUUUGUGCCUUCGACUAGUCGCUGUGUCCGAAAACAAUGGGACAGGAAACCCGAAUAUAGGGCAGAAAUGAUUGGCAAAGCCUAUCAACAUUUUUUGAAACAAAAAGCUGAGAAACAGUUGAUUGAAGAGAAGAAAAAGAUAGAAGAGGAAAAAGAGAAGGAAAUGGAAAAGCAGCAGGAAGAGACAUUUAGAAGGAGUGAUAAUGAGUCUCGAGAAAAUAUGCCCGAUGAAGAAGCAGUCGGUGCACCUCUGCCAGGCCGUUCCAUUAUCGAGGUGCCUUCGCGGAGCCAUUGCGCUUCGCGGGUAGUCGUCGAUGGCGCUAUGAUAAGGGUUCCCAGCCAACGUCAAACCGCUAAAGCGGAGCAUUCCAUUUAUGAUCACAACGACGUUCACAUCAACGACGAUCCGAUGGUGCAGGAAGAUGAGGCGGAUGAAUCGGAUUCAGAGGAGACGACGGUUAAGUGGUCAGUUCACCAAACUGCCCUAUUGCUUGACACAUUUCAGCAAUUCAAGCCACAAUUGGAUCAGCCAUACACCAAAAAGCUAAAAAUAUGGCAAAAGGGAAAUGAAACCAUACCUGAUGAAGUAUAUGAGGGUGAAGGCGAUGAGAGUAUCCUGACCAACCAAAACGAGAUUCUACUUUGGAAGAAGAAAGAUUGCUUUGCUAGAUUGCUAAUUUUCAACAGCAACGAUGAGACAAGACAGAAAGCUCUCUUCAAUUGCAAAACCUCUUGCGAGAUGUGGAACAGAUUAACUACACAAUACUUACAGAGAGCCGCAGACAACAAACACCUGUUACACAGGGAAUUCAUCAAUCUAAGUUAUGUAGACGGAGAGGAUAUUAUGAUACAUGUGACUGCUGUGGAAUCCAUGGCAGCACAACUGAAUGAUUUGGGAGUUGGAAUAACUGAUCAUGCCGUCAUGACCAAGAUCCUUUGUAGUUUGCCAUCGAGAUUCGACCACUUGGUAUCCUCCUGGGACAGCAUGGGAGAGAACGACAAAACGAUUGAAGCACUCAGAGGUAGACUGGUCACGGAAGAAAGAAAAAUAAAUCUUAGAGCUGCUCAAACAGCUAUCCCCACCGAAGGAUCUAAUCAACCUUCUACAUCAGGAGGAAGCGGACCCAAUGCCGCGUUCUUUGGACAAGGAAACUCUAGCACAAACACCAAUGCCCCACGUCAUAGCGGGAAUUUUGGUCGAGGUCGAAGAGGUGGUGGUAGCCAUAGCCACAGCAGAUCAAGAGAACAAAUCGCAAGAGACAGCGCUCAGUGCACAUAUUGCGGUAAACGCCGACAUUACGCAUUCGAAUGCAGAAUAUGAAUAGCAGACGAAGGAGAAAAACAACCUAAUGGUGGUAAGAAAGGCAACUAUACACACUCUAAUGGUCCAUCCAACGGCCAGAACGACUUCUCCCUCGUAUCCACGGCAUGUCUCAAAGCAAGUGAGCCCAAAAUAUUUUAUCUCGACUCUGGAGCAACGGAACACAUGACCGACCAACUAUCAAACUUCGCCAACUUACGAAACAUUGAACCUGGCACCUGGGCAAUUGAAGGUAUUGGAGGAACAAAUUUUUUUGCUCAUGGUAUCGGAGACAUUCUUGUAGAUAUAACUGUGAACGGUGAGAAACAAUCAGGAAUAAUCAAAGAUGUACUGUACGUCCCCGGAUUAUCAGUCAAUCUAAUUUCAAUUGCCUGUGUGACAGAGAAUGGGUACAAUGUCACAUUCAUCAACGACACAGCAAACGUAACCAAAGAUGGCAAGAUCAUCAUGGUCGGGACAAGAAUAGGAAAGACGCUGUAUCGACUCGAUAUCUCCACAGACCAUCAGAUGACAAAGAGCAUGGCUGCUAGUUCGAGCACAGCAUCUAUCGACACUUGGCACGAAAGACUCG